CGCUGAAGCGUGGAUCAAAUGUCAGAUUCCGAGUACCUCUAAGGACUGUCAGACAACCAUGGAGGCCACCGAUAAGAGGUACACUGAAGACGGGACAACAGAUGUCCAUGGUAGGCCAGCUGUGAGGAAGAACACUGGGAAUUGGAGAGCUUGCCCCUAUAUUCUUGCAAAUGAAUGCUGUGAAAGGUUAGCAUACUAUGGGAUGAGCACGAAUUUAGUGAACUAUAUGAAAGAUCGUCUCAACCAAGGGAAUGCAAAAGCAGCAAAUAAUGUCACUAACUGGUCAGGCACAUGCUAUAUUACGCCACUUCUCGGGGCUUUCAUCGCCGAUGCUUACUUGGGAAGAUAUCGGACAAUUGCUAGUUUCAUGAUAGUUUACAUCAUUGGUUUGAUAUUGUUAACAAUGACAGCGUCUGUCGAGGGUCUGAAGGCUCCUUGUAACCACGGCGUCUGUGAUCCAACAACAGCACAGACAGCAGUGGUCUUUGUGGCUCUUUAUCUCAUUGCUCUGGGAACCGGAGGAAUAAAGCCUUGUGUCUCUUCUUUCGGUGCUGACCAGUUUGAUGAAUCGGAUGAAUCAGAGAAAAAGAGGAAGAGCUCCUUCUUCAACUGGUUCUAUUUCUCCAUCAACAUUGGGGCUUUAAUUGCUUCUUCUGUGCUGGUGUGGAUACAGAAUAAUGUAGGAUGGGGUUGGGGCUUUGGAAUACCAGCAGUGGUGAUGUCUAUCGCAGUUGUGAGCUUCUUCCUGGGAACCCCAUUGUAUAGACACCAGAAACCCGGAGGGAGUCCUAUAACACGAGUUGCGCAGGUUAUUGUGGCAUCAUUGAGGAAGUCCGGAAUGGACGUACCAGACGACAAGUCUCUUCUAUAUGAGGUGGCAGACAAGGAGUCUGUCAUACAAGGUAGCCGAAAGCUUGGACACACUGACGAAUUCAAGUUCCUUGACAAGGCUGCAAUUGUCACUCAGGAGGACAAGAACCCUGUGAGCCCCUGGAAGCUUUGCACCGUCACCCAAGUAGAGGAGCUCAAGAGCGUCGUGAGGCUUCUUCCAAUAUGGGCGACCGGCAUCGUCUUCUCCACAGUCUAUGGCCAGAUGGGAACCAUGUUUGUACUGCAAGGCAACACCCUCGAUCCUUACAUGGGUCCUCACUUCAAGAUUCCUGCGGCUUCGCUCUCCAUAUUCGACACCAUCAGUGUGAUCGUCUGGGUCCCCAUCUACGACCGCAUCAUCGUCCCGUUGGCUCGGAGGUCCACCGGCCGCGAGCGCGGCUUCACGCAGCUGACCCGCAUGGGCAUUGGCCUCGUCAUCUCCAUCUUCUCCAUGGUGGCUGCUGGAAUUCUGGAGGUCGUGAGGCUCCGCAUCGUGGCAAAUCACAACAUGUAUGACUCCCAAGCCUACCUGCCCAUCUCCAUCUUCUGGCAGAUCCCUCAGUACUUCAUUGUGGGAGCAGCUGAGGUCUUCACCUUCAUCGGGCAACUGGAGUUCUUCUACGACCAGGCACCGGACGCCAUGAGGAGCUUGUGCUCUGCGCUGUCCCUCACCACCGUGGCACUCGGCAAUUACCUGAGCACCGUGCUCGUCACGGUAGUCACAGGCAUCACAACGAGGAACGGGAAGCUGGGUUGGAUUCCGGAUAACCUCAACCGAGGGCACCUCGAUUAUUUCUUCUGGCUCCUGGCAGUUCUAAGCUUGGUUAACUUCGUGGCAUACCUUCUCAUUGCGAAGUGGUACACCUACAAGAAGACAACAGAUGAGGAGUUUGAUUAUGGCAGUUCUUCGGAGUUGGGUACGCAAGGUUGAAGAUGCUAAGCUAGCUUUGAGUCCUUUGUUUGAUUCAGAUCGUGCUUAUAAUUUAGCCUUCUUGCAGACGGCUAAUAGAAUUGCAGCAAGUGGAAGUCGUUCUUUUCUCAUGAUGUAGAUGAGAUACUCUUAGUGGUCGUUUGCUAAGAUAAUUGAUGUGCAUGACUUUGACACUCGUUAA